AUGUCAAAAUUAUCAACAGCCUUAUCGUUGGAUAAAACAUCAGUUAAUAUUGGAACAACAGUUGUUGAUGAACGUCUUCAUCAAAGUAUAACACUUCGUAAUGAUGGUGGUUUAGGUACAAAUUAUCGUCUGGUUAAAACAAAUUUAUUAGGUACUGAACAAAAUAAAACUCAAGUUGUUAAUAAUCAUAAAGAAGAAAUAAAAAGUGACGAACGAAAAUCAUCAUUAGAAAAAGAAAAAUCAACCGUAUCAGAUGUAACAGAUAUAGCUAAUAAAGCAUAUGUUGAAGUUUUUACAAUAAAAGCUGAGGAACGCGGUUUUCUUGCAUCACAUUCCUCUAUUUCAUUUACAAUUGAAUUUAGUGCUCCUGUAGCUGGAACGUUUCAUGAAGAAUAUACUCUUGUAUUUGAUCAAAAUAUUCCUGAAUUACAUUUUUCUGUUAAUGCUCAAUCACUUGAUGUACCUGUUUGGAUAGAAAAUUCUUCGAUGGAUUUUAAAAUUUGCAUGUUUGAUCGUUUAUAUCAAGAUGCACUUAUUCUACAUAAUCGAAGUUCAGCUGCACUUCGUGUUUCGGUUGAUAUUCAACCACGUAUAUUACAAAAUCAUAUUGAAAUUGUUCCACGUACAGCUUAUAUUCAAGCAAAAUCAAGUUUUAGUUUACAAGUUAAAUUAACUGCACAUCCAUCAAUAAUUGAUGAUAGUUUAUCAAAUGAAAUAUUUGAUUCACAAUUAAAUACAUUAAUUAUUCCACUUGAAGUUAAAGUAGCUGAUCAAAUUCGAACUGUACCAUUUAGUAUAAGUGCGAUAUUAACAACAAGUGAUUUACAAUUUGAUGUUGAAAAUAUUGAUUUUGGAUGUUGUACAACAAGUGAAAGUGUUUUAACUAAAAUUCAAUUAAAAAAUAAUUCACUAUUAGCACAACCAUUUGGAUUUGUUAAUUUACCUGAUUACAUUCAAGUGCAACCAAAUGAUGGUUUUGGUACCUUAUUACCUGAAGAAACUAUUGAUUUACAUGUUUUAUUUAGUCCAACAGCAACAAAAGAAUAUCGAUGCACACUUAUAUGUAAAUCACUUGUUAAUCGUGAAUUUACAAUUGAAUGUCAAGGUGUUGGUGUUUUACCACCACUCUCUUUAUCAUCGACAGUUAUUCAUUUUCCAGCUACACCUAUUAACGAUCAAUCAAUUGUUAGUUUUUAUGUUGAAAAUCGACAUUUAGAUAAAAAUCAUUUUAAACAUCCAGUACCACGUAUUGGAAACGGUGAAUUUGCUCCAAUUUGUCCAACAUCAUUUCAAUUUGAUAUUCCAGCAAAUGCACCAAUUACAAUUUCGCCUCUUGUUGGUACUGUUGAACCAGGAAAAAGACAAAAAAUAACAGUACGAUUAGCACCUAAAUUAGAUACUGAACAAAUUCGUACUGAAUCAAUUCGUAUAAGAGAAGCCGAAUUAAAACGACAAUUAGAAUCGAAAGAAAAAGAAUCAUCACAUCGUGGCGAAUCAAGAGCUAGACCUACAGGAACAGCCGCUUCAGUAAGUCGAAGACUUGACACUCAUGGAACUAUGAAUACUGAAAUUCGUCUUCCUGCUGCUGCAGAACAAUCAACUGUUUGGUCUAUAGCUCAAUUAUCUUUAUUAAAAUCAUUUCCAUCAUCACUUUCUUCGUUUAUUAUACCAUGUUAUACUGCAUCGGGUAUAUGUCAAAAACCUGGUACAUUAAGUUAUGAUGUUGCAAAUACAUUAUUUAUUCAAAUACAUUGUCCUAUUGUAAAACCAGAAAUGAUUGUUAUAUCUGAUUAUGGACAAACAACAAUUGAUUUUGGUUCAGCAUCAAUUGGACAAGAAUUAUCACGUACAAUUCUUAUACAAAAUAUAAGUAAUAAAUCAAUACAAUUACAUAGUACUUUAUUAAAUAUUAGUGGACCAUUUCGAUUAAUAAAUGCUUUACGACGAGUUGAACCAGGUGAUACAACACCAAUUAAAUUAGCAUUUACACCAAAUGCAACAAUUGAGUUUUUGGAAACAUUGGUAUUAACUAGUGAAAGUUCAAAAUUAACAUUAUGUUUAAAAGGUACUGGUCUUAAACCUAAUGUUCAAUUAUCAUUUGAUACAAGCAAUCCAUUUUCAAUGGGAUGUGUUCUAGCUAAAGAUCGUACUGAGAAAACCUUUCAAGUAAGAUUUUAUUAA